GGUCAACGCUUCAGCUUGUGCGGUAGCCCUAUGUUACGGUGUUACCGGAAGUCGUGCAGUACGGUACUGCAACAGAAACAGAUGUAGAUAAAUUUUGAAGGUUAAUUUUUUUGAAUUUCCAAAAUUAUGGCGCGACCGGUGAUUAAAGUGUUUUCUACCGUAGUGACCGUCUCCUUUUACUUUGAGUUAGCUCCAGAAAUGAGUGUUUUUUAAGCUUACAUACUUUAGUCUGUAGUGCUAUCACAUGCUUCCUAUCCCUGGAAGUCUUUCUUGAAAAGUAGACUGCGAAGUUUCUGCUCAGACUGCUAGGAAGCUAUCAAAUUGCAGUCCUUACUGUACUUACUUUGUGCCACUGCCACAGUGCCACUCAUCGGAACUAUGCCUCCAAACAGAAAGAAUGACUCUACAGACUCAGGAAGCGAACCUAUGGAUCUCAAAAAUGAUGGAAAACUCGCCAAGGGGAAUGACAAAGUGGCUGUUAACAGGAUCGGUGGAUCGAGGAAAAUGUGCCGGCGUUGCUUAUUGUCUCCGGAUGGCAGGAAAGUGUUAGCCUUGGUGGAUCAUGCAAUCAUUCAAGUGUUUCGCACCUCCGACGGAAAGUUGUCGCACUGCAUUGAUCUGAACCAAGAGCCUGGAGCCACGAAGCCGUAUUCGAGCUGGUGCUCGCUGGUAUUGUGGCCACACGAUCCUAACCGGUUAAUCUGUGCCGUUUCGGAAGACGGUUGGAUUUUGUUGGUUAGUUACGAUUGUGCAUCGACGGCAGUAGAGUCGCGCUGUUGCGCACGCUGGAAAUUGGUUCUGCCGUCCAAAGCGAAACCCGCGGCUGACAGUGCAGGAGACUGUGCACAGCGCUUAGCUGGGAUUCAUUUUCAACAUCCUCAGCAGCCUGCCGACCUUCGGUUAAACAGCUGCUCGGUUUUUGGUUUAGUGCGGUCAGUUGAUCGUGGAGGCGAAAAUUCCCAGAAAUCUGAUGAAUCUGACACGAAUGCAAAAUCUAAUGGUGCCACAGAUCAUUGCGUGAUUCCCUUUUCGUUAUGUUCGUUAACCAUGGAUAUGACGGUUAAAGUGCAUCAAAGCGCUUCUGAUAAAAUUGGUAAAGUGCGGCCCAAGAACGGUCUCAUCCAUCAGCUAACUCCGGAUUUGGAUAAAGUGGCGUUUCAUACAUCGGGAGAAUUCGUUGCUGCCAUAUCGGAGAGCGAAUUGAAAAUGUAUUUUUUCAACCAGUCCACUUUCAGAAGACAUCUUUCGCCAGGAAAAAUCCAGUUUACUUGCUUGACAUCUCAUCCCACACAACAAUGCGUGGCCACCGGCGAUCGUAGAGGACGCAUUAUAUUAUGGUAUGGCUUGGAAAAUCCGUCCAGCGUUACACGAUGCAUUCUUCACUGGCAUUCUUCAAGUGUCGGCGACGUGGUAUUCUCCAGCCAGGGUUCUUUUCUAUGGAGUGGUGGAUCCGAAAGUACCCUGGUGCAAUGGUCUAUGGCCGACACUGCCCAUAAAGAUUUCCUGCCCAGAAUGGCUGCGCCCAUUGAAGGACUUUCAUUUGUACCCACGAGUGGUGGCAGUACUGUCGCUGUUCACCAUCGCAAUAACACAAUAACUCUGGUGGGAGCGCAGCGAAAUAUCCUUGCACGAAUUGAUGAUUUGUGUUCCUCGUUUUCUUCUUCGACAAACAGCGAAAGUAUUCAUUUUGUGCGAUAUGAUCCAAACAACGCAGCGCUGGUUCUUCCGGGACAACCGGGCCAACUAGCUUUUUACGGUCUUACAGACCGGAAUCUUAUCGAUAGAGUUGAUGUCACUGGGCAGAACGUCAUAUGGAGUGCAGUGGAAGGCUGGGAUAGUGUCAAUUCCAAAAUAGAUGCGGUCGCUUUUCUACCGUCUGUGAAAGGAUCACCCGGUUGGAUGAUAACAGCUGAUUCGAUAACUACGAAGCACAUUGGAUGUACCUUGCAUCUCAGAUUUUGGACUUACGGUGCUGAGCGUAAUAACAAGUAUAGUGUCGAGAGCUUGGUUCUGGACCCACACGAUGGACAAGAGAUCCGCAGUAUUAUUGCUUGCCAGUCAGCAGAAUCACCCAUCGUCGUCACUUUAGUCCCUGACGGUUUCAAAUUGUGGAUUUUGUUAAAAGCACCGAAGCCACACUGGAUAUGCACCGGACAAGGGCGAUUUUGUGAUUUGCCGGUUUUUGUUGAAGAAUCCACUCAUCCCUGUGUUGCGGUUUCUUUUUCGGGAUCCAAAGAUGGUGUUUUGGCUGUGGCAUUUGGAACGGUGGUGGUUUUGUUUGAAGUUGGGCCGGUUUUGAGGAGGCGAAAUGUUCUGUUGGAAGGGCUGACACAUCCGGUAGUUCCCGGAGGACUUCGGUUUGUGAAUGGAAAGAACAAUCAGUGCUUGCUGUAUGCGGUCACCAAAAGCGAACUAGUACUUUGGAAUAUACGCGCAGGCCAAGCAAUAAAAAGGUUUCCGUGGAAUUUUACGGUGAUUUGCCUGGAUUUUUACAGUCGCUGGCUGGUUAUUGGUGGAAAUAAAUCUGUGGCUAUCAUGGACGUGGACGAAUGGGCAUCUCUGGCUACCGACAUCGGAACAAAUAGCCCCCCAUCGUUUACUGUAUUAGAAGAAAGGGAGAGUGAAAUUAUUUCAUGUUUAUGUGUCCCACGGUCAGAAAAUGCGGAUCUGUCAUCAGGGAGCUGGGACAUUGAAUUCCGAAUUGUUGUGCUGACCAACAGAGGUGAACUCUGGUCAGUCGGGCUUGGAGAUGAGCCAGUAAAACCGACAGCUGAAAAAGAGGAUGCGAAGAGUUUCUACGAAGAAGUGAUGAAAAAUUUAGCAGUACAGAAGAUGAUAUCACCCGAUGUUUCGGAUAACCUGCAAUUACAGGGCGGAAACAAAACGCAACUAAACUUUGUGCAACAGGUGAUUUCCGCGCCGGCUUAUCUUAUGCCGUCAGUGUCGUUUCUGGUUGGAGAAGUUAUCAAAAGUAUGAUUCAUGAAAAAGAUAGUGUUCAGAAUAUUCCCACGCCCGUGGAAGCAGUGCCGACGACAGUCAAUCUCAACCGAGAUGAUGACGACGAUGCCGAACCUAUGGAUACAGAAACGAUUAUUACUAAGGAAGAAUCAAGCGGAAUUACAAAGUUGAUAGACGAAUUUUCUGCUGAUUUUGAUGACGUUGAAGAUUGGUCGUUUUUGAAAGCUGAAGUUUUGAUGUCAAGGUGAUGUAAUGAUUUUUAUGAUAAACCGUCUCUCUUCCAUCGUUAUUUAUGUUUUGACGAAAAAGAAACAUAAGGAUACAAAUCAUACAAUGUCUGUGGUUUCGGUGCAUCCAGAAUACUAUUGUUUGAAAGAUUUGCACUGAGCUUUCCCAAAACACCGAAGGCUUGUGAGCUGUUGUUUUUGUUGAGAUAAAAUUAUGUU